AAAAGAAAAGUGUGUAUAUAUAUAUAUAUAUAUAUAUAUAUAUAUAUAUAUUGAAACACUCGAUUGUUUCAAUCGAUCGAUGCUAUUUUGCUUGUAAAACAUGGCUACUGUUUUCAGAAGAAGUUACGCCAUUUUAAUAAGAAUUUUCGAUAAAAUACGUGGAAAUAGAUGCGAACAAGUCGCUUUACGAUCUAUCGGAACUCGUGCUAGAUGUGAAAAUGAUAGGAAGAGAAUUCGUAUAUCUCUGGGUGUCCUCACAGGUGCAGCCACCACCUGUGGAUCCGUUUUGUAUUUCCUCGACAGCUCGGUCAAGGCCGCCGACCUGCAAGCCAUGCCACCGAGUUACCCCUGGAAGCUCGAUGGUUUUUUCAGUUCUCUCGAUCAUAGUGCUGUACGAAGAGGGUGGCAAAUUUAUAAAGCAGUCUGUAGCACUUGUCACAGUCUUGAAUUCGUUCGCUUUAUGGAUUUGGUCGAUGUGACGCAUACAAAAGAGGAAGCUGUUGCUAUUGCAGCCGAAUACGAAAUCGACGAUGGACCAGACGAAGAAGGAAAUUAUUACAAAAGACCUGGAAGACUAUCCGAUAGAAUACCAUUGCCAUUCCCGAACGAGGAAGCAGCGAGAGCUGCCAAUAACGGUGCUUAUCCGCCGGAUUUGAGCUACAUGAUAAAUGCCAGACACAACGGACGAAAUUAUGUAUUCUCUUUACUUACUGGCUUCAUGGAGCCACCUGCUGGUAUUACCUUAACGGAAACCCAACAAUUUAAUCCUUAUUUUUCGGGAAAUGCUCUCUCAAUGGCAGAGAUGCUUCACGAUGGCAUCUUAGAUUACGACGACGGCACACCAGCGACCAAAUCCCAAAUGUCAAAGGACAUUGUAGAAUUUCUUUCCUGGACGAGUUCGCAAGAUCACGACAAGCGAAAACUUAUGAUAAUAAAAGUCCUUGGAAUUGGUAUCAUUACUUUGUUGGCGGUAGUGCACAUGAAGAAAAGUACAUGGACAACCGUAAUAAAUCAACGCAUCUUCAAUGUAUCAAAAGAUAAAUGCGAGUAGGAAAAAAAAAGAAAAAAAAAAAAAAAAAAAAAAAAAAAAAGAAAUAAUAAAAACGUUUGCUCCUUCCUUCCUCUCUCAAUAGAAUUCUCGAACGAUACGAUCUUUGUAACUUAAGUGACUAGUUAUAAUAGUUUCUAACGAUUGUACAGUGUAUCAUAUGUAAUUAUCGUGUAAUCAACGAAGCAAAACUAAAAAGAGGACAGACUAAGAAAAUAAAUUCGUAUCUUUGUUUGUAUCUGUCUUCGUUUUUCUUAUCGCAUUGAUUUCCCUUAGAAUAGAUUGUUCGUUUCUAAAGAGACGAUCUCCUUCUUCUUAAUCGUUGAAUCACUUUUAACUAGACUCUUAUCGAACGUAUUAUCUUCUUCUAUUAUGGCGACCCUAUUUUAAACGUAUCGACGUCUAUAAAUCCUUGAAGCGUUUCGUUUAACAAAUCACGCGAAAUAAGGAACGGGUUUUCAAGCGGAGCUAUUAACAUUUCUCUCUCUAUCUCUCUCUUUUACAACACAUCGAAACACUUGUUCGAGGACGAAAACGUUGGAACUUAGUAGACGUGUGGAAAAUUCAAAGAGAAUAGAUUAAUCGACCUCCUUUUUUCUUUC